AAUAAUCAAAGUAGAACAAUAACAGUUAUUAGUGUUUAAACAAACAUAUAUAUAUUUUUUUGUGCAAAGGUUUGAAUAAAUAUAUAUUUGUUUAGAAAAUCUAAAUGGCUUUUGUCGUCCUCGUAAACAGGGAAUCUCUCUCUCUCUCUUCUCUGCGUUUUGUUGUCUCUAAGCUGUAUCUGUAUGUGUUAUAUGUUCUGAGAGAGAGAGAAAGAAGAGAGAGAGAGAGAGAGAGAGAUGGAGUCCAAAUUACCCAAGCCGGGCAAUGGCAUUGGGUCUCUCACCCCGUUAUUAUCACACUCAUCAGAUUUCAAAUUUGAAUACCGUUUUCUCCACCACUACCCUCCUUUUGGCUUCUUCUUCCCAUGUUCACCUCUCUCCUUACUACCACCCCCGUCUGUCUCGCCCUCCCUUUGACCACCUCGGUCACUCCCCAAACCCCAAACCCAAAACCCCAAAACCCAACCUUGACCACCAUUGCAUUUCCCUUCUUUUUUCCCACUAAUUUUUCUGACUACUUUUAUCAAACACUUACUAUGCACUAACAAAUCUCUCUAAAACAAUGGACAAACCAAACCAGACACAGAGCAGUGAAAGCAAUGAUGAUAGCCCCUCAGUUAUUAGUAGCAGUGUGAGUAUUGGCUUAUGUAGCGGUACUAUUUCUGGGUCUGAUAAUAACAGUGUGAAUGUUGAAACUCUUGAGUUGUUCUGUAAAGAAGAAGAAGAAGAAGAAAGUGAGAAGAGCAGUUCGAGUUUUGCUAGUAUUUCCAAUAGUUUUGAAGGGAAUGACAUUAGUUUUAGGAGCUUUUGCCCAUCGAAGCCUCACAAGGGAAAUGAUAUUCGAUGGGACGCCAUUCAGUUCGUGAAGAGUAAAGAUGGUGACUUGGGUUUGGGACAUUUUAGGCUUUUGAAAAAGCUUGGUUGUGGAGACAUUGGGAGUGUGUAUUUGGCUGAGUUGAGGAAUAUGGGUUGCCUUUUUGCGAUUAAGGUUAUGGAUAAGGGCAUGCUUGCUGGGAGGAAGAAGUUGGUGAGAGCUCAAACUGAGAAAGACAUAUUGGGUCUGUUGGAUCAUCCAUUUCUUCCGACUCUUUAUUCACAUUUCAAGACUGAGAAGUUUUCUUGCUUGUUAAUGGAGUUUUGCAGUGGUGGUGAUCUUCAUACACUUCGUCAACGCCAACCGGGCAAGCAUUUUACAGAACAAGCUGCUAGGUUUUAUGCUUCGGAAGUUCUUCUUGCUAUGGAGUAUCUUCACAUGUUGGGAGUGGUGUAUAGAGAUCUUAAACCUGAAAAUGUACUUGUUAGGGAAGAUGGUCAUAUAAUGCUGUCUGAUUUUGAUUUAUCAUUAAGAUGCAAUGUGAACCCAACUCUUGUUCAGUCUAGUACUACAGAACCAUCUUGUAGAAUCUCUUCUUACUGCAUUGAGCCAUCCUGCAUCAUCGAUCCAACCUGCAAAUUACCGGUUUGUGUACAACCUUCUUGCUUACAACCUUCUUGUUUCAAGCCUCGAUUUUUAAGUUCAAAAACAAACAAGACAAGAAGCGAAAGAACAAGAACGAGUAUGUUGAAUUCAGAUUCGCUCCCUGUCCUUAUUGCAGAACCAACUAAUGCUCGCUCUAUGUCCUUUGUCGGUACUCAUGAAUACUUAGCUCCUGAGAUCAUAAGAGGAGAUGGCCAUGGAAGUGCUGUUGAUUGGUGGACAUUUGGUAUUUUCUUGUAUGAGUUGCUUCAUGGGAAGACACCCUUCAAAGGCAAUGGAAAUCGGGAGACACUAUUCAAUGUUGUUGGUCAACCCCUGAAGUUUCCUAGCGGAUCUAAUGUUAGUUUUGCUGCUAAGGAUCUCAUCCGUGGUCUGCUAGUAAAAGACCCUCAAAAGAGAUUAGGAUCUAAGAGAGGUGCUACUGAAAUCAAGCAACAUCCAUUCUUUGAAAGUGUUAAUUGGGCACUCAUUCGAGGCACUCAACCUCCAGAGAUUCCUAAACCAGUUGAUCUAGAGUUCUUAAACAACAACACAACAUCCAAGUCACCAAUGCCACCAAAUAACAAGGAAACACCUUACUUAGAUAGGUCAUCAUCAGGUCUAUACUUGGAGUUUGAAUUCUUCUGAUGAAUAUUGAAUGGUAAUAUUUGUUUGUUAGUUAACAUUAUUCCCAUGUAUUCACUUCUCAAGUGAAUCUUAUUCUUCUUUUUCCUGAUCAAAAAAUUCUAGCUAUGGUGAAUUAAUUUCUCUUUUACUAGCAUGAAUAAGACAUUUGAACCAAGAGAUGCAGUUAUAUAUUCUUAUAGUUAAAAGAAGGAACAAGGAAAAUUACAAAAAACUAAAAGAAAAAGAAAGUAGCUUUCUUUAGGGUGCUAGCUGAAUUUGGAUUUGGAGUUACUUGUUUUUAAUAACUUUAUCUAGAAAUGAACUUUUGGAAAAUGAGAGGUGUGCAUGAGAACAAGACAAGACACUGUAAAGUUGUGACUUUGAUGGGGACUAAUGUUGUUUUUUAGCAAGAGCUACGGUGAGAGAGAAGAGAUGAUAUGUUAUAUUAUUGGGUUUAAAGUAAUUUGUGGUGUAAAUAUUUAAGUUCAAUUCUCGGUUACAGAGUAAUAAUACAUAAGUUAUACAGUGUCAAUUCUUGAUUGGUUUAGAUAAUUAAUUUUUUUUUAAAAAAAAAUACAUUUAAAAAUACUAAUAAAAAAAUUACAUGUGGAUAUUGACUUAA